UACCAUACAACAUCUUGUGCUAAAACAUCUUGUCAUUUAAGUCGAGAAGGCAGAUAGCACCAAACUAAGAAAUGGAAGAGGUUAGCAUAUUGGUUCGUUAUUGUGGGUCUUGGGAAAAGGUUGGUCUCAGUUAUGCAUAUAAGGGUGGGAAGAGUAAGGGCAUGAUCAUUCCAAAUGACAUUUCCUACAACCAAUUAUUGGAUAUGGUGUACGAAUUGACGAAUAUCGAUCGUCGGACACAUAACAUCCAAUUGAAGUAUAUUUUCAAUGUCCAUGGUCCAACUGAACCUGUUGAGAUUGAAGGUGACAGGGAUGUUCAUUUUUUUGUACGAUGCAACAGCGACAAGAACAUACCUGGGACAUCUCUAUGCAUUUCAAACACUGAUAGAGAGGUAUAUGAUGAUGAUACUGAGGUAAAUUUUGAGUUAAAUGAUGAUCGAUAUGAUAUUGCAGAUACAGAAUUGUUUGAAGAACCUGACAUAGUUGGAUUCAGCCGGAACAUUGAUGAUCGUAACGAACCUCAGAUAAAUAUAUCAGAAGUUAACGCCAAUGAUCAUACAACUGCCCAGGAAAAUUUUUCUUCUGAGGGUAAUGCUGGAUUUGCCGGUUCUAAUUCAAUUGGUGCGUCACAAAGCUGUGGUAAUAUGAUCUCACCUGUUGUACAUGAUGAUUCAUAUGCUGUUUUGAAAGUCGGAGAAAUAUUUCCAGACAAGAAGAGCUUGUUUAAAAAGUUAUGCAUGCAUGCGCUGCAUUUGCACUUCGAAUUCAAAGUGGCAAAAUCGACAAAAACUCUUUUUGUUGUUCGAUGCAAAGUAAGUGAAUGCAAGUGGUGGCUUCGAGCAACGAGAGUUGAUGACACUUGUUUUUUCGUCAUAAAGGUAUAUCGUGACGAACAUUUGUCUUCUUCUUGUUUUGAAUUUCAUGAAGCUCGUCAAGCAACAGGUUGGGUUGUGGGGGAAUGCAUUAAGUCUAAAUAUGAGGGGGUUAGUUGCAUUUAUAGACCAAAUGACAUUGUCAAGGAUUUUCAGAGAGUGCAUGGAGUUUCAAUCACUUAUGGGAAAGCUUGGAGGGCUAGAGAAAGUGCCCUACAUUCAUUACAUGGUACGCCAGAACAAUCUUUUGCUGAACUUCCCUCUUUUUUUGCACAAUUGGAAUCAAACAAUCCAGGAACGGUUACACAUAUUGAGUUGGAUUCUAUCAAUCGAUUCAAAUACUGUUUCAUGGCCAUUGGACCAUCAUUAAGAGGUUUUCGUACUUGUAUAAGACCUGUAAUUUGUGUUGAUGGAACUCAUUUGAAAGGUAAGUAUCUUGGAACAUUAUUCGUUGCCACAUGUUUGGAUGGAAACAACCAGGUUUAUCCUUUGGCUUUUGGAGUAGGGGAUUCAGAAAAAUAA